GUUCUCUCCCAGGGGACCCGGAGGCGGGCGAGCUGGGGCUGGCGGCCGUGCCCGGGCGGGAGGCCGCGUUCCGGGAGGGCCUGGCGGCGGCCGUGCAGUACGCCAGGGCGGUGGGCUGCCACAGGAUCCAUGUGAUGGCUGGGCGGGUUCCCCUGGGUGCAGACCGGGCUGCAAUGGCAGGUGAGAUGGAAACCACCUUCAUUGAGAAUCUCAGAUAUGCUGCUGACCUCCUGGCCCAGGAAAACAUGAUUGGACUGGUGGAGCCUAUUAACAACCGCAUCACUGACCCUCGCUACUAUCUGAACACCCCGCACCAAGCUGCUGCCAUCCUGGAAAAGGUGGGACGGCCCAACCUGAAGCUACAGCUGGACCUCUUUCACUGCCAGAUCAUGGAUGGCAAUUUGUCACGCAACCUGGACACGUACUUCCCACUCAUUGGUCAUAUCCAGAUCGCACAGGUGCCAGGGCGGCACGAGCCCGACAGCCCUGGGGAGCUGAACUUCCCCUACAUUUUCGAGCUCCUGGAGUCCCUUGGCUACACUGGCUAUGUGGGGUGCGAGUAUGCUCCCAAAGGAGACACCCUGGAAGGUCUGGGCUGGCUGCGCUCCUACUGGGAGAGCCGAGGGCUGCAGCAUGGUGGGACCAGCAAGACAGCCGAGUAAAACUAGAAAACCAUGGGAAUAAAAGACAAAGCAAUGGCUUAA